AUGGAGAAUCUUAGGAACAUCUGGAAACCGGAAUUGUACCGUAUACAGAUGGAAGCGCCUAAACCUAAGAGAAUUACGUGCGAUGACCUGAGAGACAGACCAGAGUUCUAUGGAAGAGAAUACCAUGGUAUCAUGAGCCACAAAGAAGCUACUUUAAUACUGGAGAACGAACCUAAUGGUGCUUAUUUGAUUAGGAAAGGAAGCCAAAGCAACGAUUUCUACACUCUGACGUUAAAGUUUGAUGAUAAAAUUCGUCAUUACAAACUAUAUUAUGAUGGGAGUCAUUAUAUUGGUUCUAAGCGAUAUGAGACUAUUUAUGACUUGGUAGCUGAUGGCCUGGUUACAUGUCACAUGGAACUGAAGGCGCAUCACAUUUUCGAAAUGAUUAAUUCAAAAGCCAAUUAUCCCGAAAGCCCAUAUGUAACAUUGAACAAACGUAAAUUAAACACACUUUCACAAAUGCAUAAGUCAUCAAAUAAAUCAAGUCCAAUAAUCACAAAAGAUGAAACAAAAUCAAUCACAGAAGUGGAUUCUAUAAAGAAACCACCAUUUGACCUGACACCAUCAAUAGAAGACUACCCAUUAAUGGUUAAAUAUUCAAAGUCCCAUAGUUUCAAAGUGCACACAUUUAAGGGACUAAAUUGGUGUGAGCUAUGUGCAAACUUUCUAUGGGGAUUUACUGCUCAAGGGGUUAAAUGUGAAGACUGUGGCUUCAUCGCCCACUCAAAAUGUUCAGAGCGGGUUCCAAAUCACUGCGUUCCUGAUUUGAAAAAAAUUCGUGGCGUAUUCGGUAUUGAUCUUACGACGUUACUGAAUGCGCACUCAAGUACAUUACCGUUUGUUGUGAAGAAAUGUGUGAACGAAAUAGAAAGUAGAGGCAUGGAUUCUGAAGGUAUAUACAGAGUUUCUGGGUUUGCUGAUGAAAUUGAAGCUCUCAAAUUAGCUUUUGAUAAAGAUGGUGAAGCGGCAGAUCUAAGUGUAUAUAGCAACAUUAACGUAGUGGCGGGUACCCUCAAACUGUAUCUGCGAUUGUUGCCAGUCCCACUCAUAACCUACGAAGUUCAUCCGAAACUGGUUCAGGCAAUCCAAAUGAAGACAUUGGCUGAACAAAUCGUAGCUCUGCGGGAAUGUUUAGACCUGUUGCCUCCGGCCCACUUCAACUGCUUGCAGUAUAUGGUGCAGCAUUUACACAAGGUAACCCAACUGGCGGAGGUAAACAAGAUGAGCGCACAUAACCUAAGCACAGUAUUUGCACCAACAUUGGUGGCCACGCCCCCCGCCAUUACGGACCUCGCCUUCGAAAUACGCGCUCUUCAAGCUCUCAUAGAAAACUGUCCACAGAUUUACUACGGUAAUAAGUAA